GUAUCUGGCGGAAAGCUUUGCACGCAAAAGAGCUUCGAGAAUUUGAUGGUCACCUUGCAAGAGAUGGAUCAGGAAAAACGCAAGGCUCACAGGAAGAUCCCAUUGAGCGCGAUCAGAGAGGCAUUCCAGGAACAGAUUGCUCUUCAGAUCAGCUUGUCCAGCCGCUACGGACUUUCUGCAGCAGAAGCCUCCAAGGGAAUGGUCUUUGAGACGUUUCGAACCUGUAUGCAUCGGCUCUUCUACCGACCGCUGGAGAAGGAGGAAGACGCGAUUUGGCAUGAAAGAGCUACCAAUGCAACUGCCUUCUUACACUCAAUACAGAGAGGUGCAGAUAUAUGUGCACCUUGA